GAUUCAUAUACCAUGUCCAAAAUCUCGCCCCAGGUUAUCGCGGACGCUAAGGACGGUGCCAGAAGCGCGCUCAGAGCCCUCGCGAAUACCCUCACGAAGGACAACUAUGUUCUCUCAGCCUUAGACGCAACGCUUGUCCAUCUCCGUCCAGAAUCUCUCCCCACAGACUCUCGAACCGAGUUCUACACCAUGGUCACGUUUCCAAUGGAGGACGUCUUUGCCAGCCUCACCGCCUGUGUGAACAGCUCCCGCUUUGUGGCCCCAUCGAACAAGGAAGGGACAGUGUCGCGGCUACUUGCACAUCUCCAAGGAAUCUUGAGUUGGAUUGUGACCUGGCUCCGCCUCACCUUAAAGACCGCUCGACCGUCGGAAUUGGGCGAGGUGGUCCACCCUCUGUGUUACACAGUCGUCCUGAUGAUCCAGCUCGACGACAAACUGCGCAGGGCGAUAUUACUCUCUCGAACAUCGGCGGAACUUCUACGCAUGGCGUGGUUGGUUCCGCUCGUUGACAACCACGGGAGACCGCUCUUGGCUCCUGCAGGCGACACCGAUCUCUCCAAACCGGAUGCCAUCGUCACGCUCUUGAACGAAUACGUACUCUCGCAUCCAGAAAUCGGGGGUUGGAAAAUGUUCCUGGAGCAGGUGAUGGAAUCCGACUUGACCAUGGACGGCUUCUGCAAGAACUUUGUCGCGAGGGUCGAGCUACUGCCCAAGGAGAGGCAUAAGUUUGGAAUCGCGAUGGAGACGAUCCAGGAGCAACUAGUGACGCUUGGCUUUACCAUUGCCCUUCUCGUCGACAUCAAACCACUCCACCAGCGCCUAGUAAAGAUGGGAAUCCUCCGCAAAUGGGCCAGUGCUAUCGUCUCCCUUCAGCGCGAGUUGAUCCCUCGACGGCGGUUCCUCUGUGCAACCCAGGGUCUUCGCGCCGCCUCACAGCCGCACCAGGAUCCUAUCAGAGGCGCAGCCGAUGUUAUUAACACAGGGAUACUCCCACUCAUCACGGAGGGACUCAUCAACGCCAGCAAAGACGACUAUCUCGAAGAGUACUCCUCUGUUCGCACCGUCUAUAUCUUGAAGGCCAUCUCCUAUCACCCUCGCACACUCCGCGCCCUUGUCAAAGCCAUCCGAGCUAUGCCUCCAGGUGCCACCUGGUCUUCAGUCGGAGCGAAGUCGAAACUCAUCGCCGAUACUACCUGGAAGGCCUUCACUGAUGGUAUUAACGACCGCUUUAACAUCUUGACUGAUCGCUCAAGGCCAACACUGAACCUUUGUGACAACGAACUCCAUGUUCACGCCGAUGGGAUGGACCGAAAGCGUUCCAAGAAAUGCGGCAGAUGUCACUCGGUUGUAUACUGUUCCUCCGCAUGCCAACAUGAGGAUUGGGAACGAAGGCAUCAACGGGAGUGUAAGGGUAUGGCACGAGCUUACCGCAUUCACGAGGCCAGCCAUCUUCACUACGGACAGAACUCUCGAACUUUCCAUGUUCAACUCGCACGUAUGGCCUUCCUCGGUAUCGUUGAUGAACUCGAUGCUACGGUCCGAUCGAAGUACCCCACUCGUUCACGCCACGAGUGUAUUGUUUUGGUGGAUAUGAACGGUUGCCUUUCCGCCUUGGACACGAAAGUGGAUCUCCUUCCCAUCUCCGACUACUUGGCAGAGAGGAAAAAGUUUCUGGUGCCAGGAUGCACUGCCAUUGACGGCAGGGCGGACGCCAUCUACCAUCGCUUCCUCGCAGGUAAUCCACCGGAGAAUCGAGUCCUGGUCUUGGGUACUCUGGGAUACAACCCGCAAUUUCGCAUAACGACGCUUUUGGAAUUGGAGAAUCGAGAAGGGGAUUGGGUGACUAUCAAUAAUGUGGCUCGCUUUGAGUAA